ACUCUCACUCUUGCUCUAUCUUUGACAUUCUCCUAUUCUCACAUUCUCAAUGUUUUCCUUUUGUGUCAAUGCAGGUUGGGUCCGCCUCUGCUUCCGCUGGUGAAAACUUAUACACCCCAAAAGCCAAUCUGAUUCGGUAUUGGAACAAAGAGGUCAAAAACAACCACGCCAACCCAACCUUUCUCCUAUCCAAAGCGUCCCCAUUGAGCGUGGUCGACGCAGAAAGAUUGUCCAAACUUGCAGCCCAGAAUGCUCUCCUCUCAGUUCCCAGCCAUCUGCCCCGCCGCCAAACUUUUGUGCUUCCCUGAUUCAUUCCUGACUCUUCAAGAACUCAUAUUCCAUCCCACCGAUCCCGAAAUUAGAUCAUGGAUGCAGCAAUGUAAUUUCUUUCGAGAAUCGAUGUUAAAGAAAGGGAAGGUGAUGCUAAUGCCGGAUAUUAAGGACAAAAUGCCUGAAAGGUCGUUUUUGCCUUGGUCCAUUUCGUCAAAAUUACCAUUUUCGACCUCUAAGAUUUCUGAAAUAAAGAAGAUUUUUCAUGCGGAUGAUAAUUCUACUAUGGAGACUAUGAUAGUGAUGUCGUUGAGUGACUGCGAGAAGGCUCCGAGCCUAGGCGAGACCAAGCGGUGCGUGGGCUCAGCUGAGGAUAUGAUUGACUUUGCAAUCUCGAUCUUAGGUCGAAACAUUGUUGUUCGAUCAACUGAGAAUGUUAAAGGGUCAAAGCAGAAUAUAAUGAUUGGAUCAAUCAAAGGGAUCAACGGUGGCAAAGUCAUGCAAUUAGUUUCUUGUCAUCAAAUCUUGUUCCCGUAUCUACUCUAUUUCUGCCAUUCGGUCCCAAAGGCUCGAGUCUACGAAGUGGAUAUACUGGAUCCGAAUUCGAAGGCUAAGAUCAAUCAUGGUGUUGCCAGCUGUCACAUGCACACGUCGAAUUCAAACCCGAAUCAUGCUGAAUUGACUAUAGCAUCAGGUCCUGGUCAGAUCAGGGCUUGCCACUGGGUUUUUGAGAAUGAUCUAAUCUGGACAGUUUCUAACUAGUCCUUACAGACCUUGGUGGGCAAGACAAGUUGAUUAAGGGAGCAUCCUCACUAGAGCUUUGCAAGCUUUGAUCCAGCAUGUAUGAUGUAAAGCAAAUAAAUGUGCUAAUAGUUUAAUUAUGUGUGUUUUGAACCUGUUCAUCUAUGUAUUUUGUGUAGAGCUUUGCAGAC